AUGACAUUAACGUCGUACAAAGGGAUCGGAGAUCCUAAAGUCUACGUUACAAAGUUUGAAUCCAUGAUGUUCCUUAACAGUGACUCCGACCCCAUCCUAUGCCGAUCUGUUCCAACCUUUUUAGAUGGAACUACUUUAUUAUGGUUUUCUAAUUUGCCUGUAGGGUCCAUAAACAGCUUCGAUGAGUUCGCCAAGAUAUUUAUCAACCACUUUGCAGCGUCCAAGAUAUACGUGAGGGACUCGGAUUACCUCAGUACAAUCAAACAAGGGCAGCACGAGAGCUUGAAGGACUACAUGACACGGUUUACAACAGCAGCAAUGGAGAUCCCCGAUCUUAACCCGGAAGUGCAGUUACACGCCAUCAAGAGCGGCCUCCGACCCAGAAAAUUCCAGAAAGCCAUCGCCGUGGCAAAACCAAAGACAUUGGAAGAGUUUCGCGAAAAAGCAACCGGACAAAUCGAGAUAGAAGAACUGCGCGAAACUCGGAGGAACGAAAGACCAACAGCCAUAAGAGAGGAGGAUAGGCCUUACAGGUCCCAAAGCAGGGAUCCCAAAAAAUCCAUCAACUUACGCCAAAGUAUGACUCAUACACAAAGUUCAACACGAAGAGGGAGGAUAUAA